AUUCCCACGCCGCCGCUCCUCCCUCCCCCCUCUCACGCCGCCACCACCACCGCCCCCUCUCCGGCGAACUCUCCCUUCUCCCAAUCUUGAAUCCAACAAAGCGAACCUGUGUCCACCAUCUGUAGAUGAAGAAGAAGCACGUGCACGAGCAGCAGGCGAUCCUUCCCCAUGGCCAUGACUGCACGGAGCAGGACCACUCGCCGCCGACCGGCAACCAAGGCCGCGACGGCAAGGCGCCGCCAUUCCCCUCCACCGAGGAAGAGUCUGAGCAGCAGCAGCCCGGGGUGGAUCUUCCUGAAGGCGCCAUCGUCGAGAUCCUGUCCAGGGUGCCCUACAGGUCGCUCUGCCGCUUCAAGUGCGUGUCCAAGCCAUGGCUGGCCCUCUGCUCAGACCCGAACGUCCGCAAGAGGUCGCCGCAGACCCUGUCGGGCUUCUUCUUCAAGGACCAUGGCCGCUUCAAUUUCCGUAAUUUGUCCGGAAAAGGCCCCCCUUUGGUCGACCCUUCGCUCCGUUUCUGGCGCGGGAUCUACGACUGCUUCUCGGUCGAGCAGUGCUGCAGCAGCCUCCUCCUUUGCAAAUGUUUGAAAUCACAUCACUGGGAAGAUGAAUGCGAUUACGUCGUGUGCAAUCCUAUGACAGGGCAGUGGACCGUGCUGCCUCCUAUAGGAUGGCUGGACGAAGAGGAUGGUGCUAUGGUGUAUUUCGAACCGAUAAGGGACAUCUUCCUGGGUUUCGACGCGGCAGUCCCGUCCCGCUUUGUGGUGUUUGUGCCCCUGACCAACUGUUUCUGCGAAUUCACAGAGAUGGCCAUCUACUCGUCGGAAACCGGACGCUGGACCAAGGUGCAGAGUGAGUGGGGUUACAAAACUAUUCUGGUUGGCAAUUCAGAAUGCGUCUUCCUCAACGGCACCAUGCACUUGGCUACCCAUUAUGCUUUAGUAGUCACCGUCGACACGGAGGGGAAGGUUUGGAGGGAAAUUGAAAUGCCUGAGCACUCGCCAGACACAAAUCAGUUGGCUUCCAUUGGGAAGUCCCAAGGACGCUUGUAUGCGUGGCAAAUUGAAGACGAUCAUGAUUGCCAACUCUAUGUGUGGGUUCUUGAAGAUUGUGGUGGUGGAAAGUGGACCCUCAAGUAUACUGUUAACGUUCCAGAACUGUUUGGGAGGCAACCUGGCCAAGAUGAUAUGUCCUAUAAGGUGUUUGCGAUUCAUCCAGAUUGUGAUUUGAUUUUUCUUACAGACGAGGAGGAGAUGGCAGUAUCGUAUGAUAUGGAGAAUCAGAAAGUCAAUGCUACCUGCACUUUUUCUCAAGAAUUCGAGGAUGUUCUACCUUACGUCCCAUGUUUUGCUGAAUGGGCUUCAGAUGCUCACUGAAAGUACUACCUGCAGCUUAGUGUCCUUAGCGUGGCACUUAAGAAAAAGCGGUUGUUGGGUAUUGGGUAUUGCCUGAUCUUCUUGUUUUGUGGCACUGGAUUGGAUGUGUCCUAGCGUCUAUAUCUGCUUCAGUUUUAUCUUCCUAUCUCUUUGUGCCCUGAACUUCUAAUGGGUUUUGUGGCUUUGUACCGUGCUGGUUAAGCAUAAAGAAUCUGCAAGGGACCCUUAAUUGAUCAUUAUUGUCUUAUUGA